GUGUCGGAUCGUAUGCUCUGACUUUGAAGGCUACAUGAAUACUGGAUAUUUAACAGCGGACUAAUUGAGGAUGUAUUUGUCUAGUACUUAUUUUAAGUCAGAUUUGAGUAUUGUGUUUGUACCUUAAGAACAAUGAAGACCAACUUCACUCAAAGCUAACAGAGUGGAUCAGGAUUACAAGACACAGAAAAACAGCAGCGCUUGACCAUGUCUAUCACUGUCCUUUUAAAGAAGAUAUAUAACCUGCCAGGGAAAUAUGACAGGAAAGUGGAAUUGUCUUUUAGAGGUUUUACUCACAAAACCAGGAUCCUUCAGUGUGAGAAUAUAGCCAUCUUCAACGAGCACUUCAGAUGGCCUCACUAUGGGAAGGUUGAGAGGGAUGAAAUUCUGUCAAUCAGCAUUUACAACUGCAGUAAGAUGUUCAGCAACAGAUUGCUGGGAAGGCUGGUGGUCAGCCUGCAGCAUGUGGUGUCUGUGGGGCAGCUGCUGCUCCGUGAGCCCCUCACAGACGCUCAGCACGCUCUCACUGAUAUCUACAUAGAGCUGGAGGUGAAGUACAACCCUCUUCAGGGGACUGCAGGCGGGUGGGACGGUGGCGACUUCAUCAGAGAACAGGACACUGAUGGCUCAGAGCUUGUCAUCAGGAACACAGGCUUUACUGAAGCAAACUCUUCAGACGGCCUGCGUCCUCAGCAGCUGGAUCGUGAGACGAGAAUGAUUGGGCGCAGUCUUUUGAAAACUGAUGAUGAGAAUGGAGACGAAGAUGAUGAUAAUGACUACGAUGAUGAUUAUGACUUUGCAGAUAUUGAAUGUGCCAAUGUGACAUUCACUCCCAUUUUGAGUCGUUGCAGGGCUAUAGCAAAGCACGAGCUUGCUGUCACACCUAAAGUGAAGUCUUUCCAGUUGAAUGUAAAUGUGAUUGAAGCUCAGAAACUGGUCGGGGUGAACAUCAACCCAGCAGUGUAUGUGACUAUUGGGGAUGAGAAAAAGCACACAGCUACUCAGAAGUCUACCAACUGUCCAUUUUACAAUGAGAACUUCAUGUUUGAAUUCCAAGAGACACAAGAUGUGCUCUUUGAUAAAGUUAUUGAGAUUUCUGUGGUUCAUAAGAAAAUCCUUGCCUUUUUGAUGUCCCGCAUAGGAACUUUUAAGAUCGACAUCAGCACAGUGUAUCAGCAGCCGGAUCACCGUUUCUACCAGAAAUGGGCUCCGCUUACUGACCCAAAAGAUACCCGCUCGGGAAUUAAAGGCUAUGUGAAGUGCACAGUGAGUGUGGUGAUGAAAGGAGACCCCAUGGGCAUGGUCAGCUUGGCACCAGCUGACAGCCAGAAUGAUGACAUUGAAAAGAACCUUCUCCUUCCAAAGAGGAUGCCAUCAGAACGUCCUUGGGCAAAGUUUGUCCUGAAGAUCUUCAGAGCUGAAGGUCUGCCCAGCAUGAACUCAGGUUUCAUGGGGAAGAUAAUGAGAGACAAGAAAGUUUUCCUCGACCCUUAUGUUCAGGUCACAUUCUCUGGCCAGCAGGGUGAGUAAAUAAUUAGAGAAUUUUAUUUUUUUUGGUGGACUAUCACUUUAAGUACAAAUGCAUUUCUGAAACCCCAGUCAUGUAUCUGCAUCCACAUUUUAACAAGAUACCUUCAUGUUACCAUGCUUUUUAAACAACUUCUACUUUAUUAUUUUUCUGCAAUCUACUUCGCCUCUUUCCUCCAUCCAUCAGGUUUCAAUCCCACCUUUGGCCCUACUUGGGUCAAUCUCUACGGCUCUCCUCAAAACUCCACGCUGAGAGACAUCCACAGGGAUCUUAAUGAAGGUCUGAGUGAAGGGAUCUUCUAUAGGGGCAGAAUACUGCUCUCGCUGAGUGUGGAGGUUUAUUCCUCCCCUACAGUUGUGGUGACGGAGAGUAAGACCAUUGCUAAUGUGAAAAGCAAAAUGAGCAGGCUUACUCUUAAACGCAAGAGUCGAAGGUCCAAGGAGAAGACGGCAGGCAAAGAAGCAAUGCAGAGUCCCAGUGGGCCUACUGAGGAGUCUGAAGAUGUUGGCGCUGAGGUACCAGCUGCCGUUACAGUCGAAGUGGAAGAUGUUCACCCUCUUCCUGAGAAUUUCACUGGAGAGAAGGAUGAAUUUUUGUUGUUUGCGUCCUUCUUUGAAGUGACGAUGAUGGAUCCUUCUAUUGGCUCCAAACCAGUCACCUUUGAGCUGUCUAUAGGGAAUUAUGGGAAAACUACAGAUGUUGUAGUGAAGUCCAGCAAGAGUGGUAGUCAGGAGAAUCUGGCUGAGGACAGACAGCUGCUGUUGGAAUCAGACGAUGAGUUGGAGAGAGAUGAACUUCUGAACCCUGGCCCUCGAGACAAAUCCGUCACCCCACCCAGGAGACCACAGCCCACUGAAUACGACAGAUCAUUUAGUUGCAUUCCCUUAUUCCGAGAGAAACCAUGUAUCUUUGUGUGGAGCUGUUUUGAGGAUCACACCUUCCGAUUCCACAACAGCAAUUGGUUGUCCAAGAUGGCUGACCGACUGGAAAAUGGCAUUGAUGAAGUGGAGAUGCUGUUGAAAAGAUCAAAAAUCAAGGCUAAAGAACGUUUGGUUGAUGUCGCGCUGGAAUUCUUUUCCACUUGCAAGCAGUACAGCAGUAACUUAGACAGGAAGAGGAAUGCUCGUCAAAACACCCUGGAUAAGUGUCGUGUGGGGCUCAUCAAAAGGAACAUUGUUUUGCUGGCCAAGCAGGCCCUGAGAGUGAGAAAGAGAGUGACCAGAAAUACGGUUAAAGACAGACUAGCAGAUGUCAAGAAUAUCGCAAAGAGGCUCCGCUUUCUGGCCAUAGAACCUCAGAGCACUCUCCCCGAUGUGUUUUUGUGGAUGCUGAGUGGAGGGAGGCGAGUGGCCUACACCAGGAUCCCAGCACCCUCCAUCCUAUUCUCACUGGUGGAGGAAGAGAAGGGUAAAGACUGCGGGAAAAUCACUGCUGUGUACAUGAAGACCCCUGGAGGAGCAGUGGGGGAAAUUUUCGCCAAACUGGAAGUAUAUAUGUGGCUUGGUAUCACAAAGUACGCAAAAAACUGUGUCACCAGCCUUCCAGCAGAGUUUAGACCUAUUUACGAAGAGGCGACUUCUGGUGCAUCAAUUCCCCGUAACAUGCCUCCCACCAAAUUAGCGGUGGAAGACAGUCGUUAUUUCCAGUUACGUGCUCACAUUUAUCAAGCGCGUGGCAUUAUUGCAGCCGAUGACAAUGGACUGUCUGACCCCUUCACCAAGGUUGUGUUCAGCACACAGUGUCAGGUCACACGGGUGAUGGAAGAAACUCUGUCGCCGACGUGGUGUGAGUUACUCCUCUAUGAUCAGGUUCUGAUGGAGGGCAGUAAGGACGAGUACAGAGAAGACCCUCCUGUGGUCAUCAUCAACAUCUAUGACUACAAUAAACUAGGCAGUCCACAAGCCCUUGGUCGUGCAUUUGCAAAGCCAGAGUUGAAGUUUGUGGAAGAGCCAUAUAAAAAACCCCAGCUGCAGUUUUUUGAGAUCACAAAAGGCAAGAGCAAAGCUGGUGAAAUUUUGGCAGCUCUUGAGCUCAUCGAGUUGGAUUACUCAAGCUUCGGAGAGCCAGCUCUGCCACUGGAUGUUGACCCCAAGGAACCACAGUACAUGGAAGAAGAAUGCUAUUAUAUCAUUCCCGAGGGAGUUCGACCUGUGCUCAGGAAAUACAGAAUAGAGGUGCUGUACUGGGGCCUGAGGGACCUGAAAAGAGUCAACCUGUUUGAAGUGGAGCGACCUCAAGUGAGGAUUGAGUGUGCGGGCCACAUGAUCGAGUCGGAGGAAAUUCAGAGCUACAAGCUGAAUCCCAACUUCAACGAUUUGGUUAAACACUUUGAUGUUGAACUUCCAGAGCUCGUCUACCUGCAUCCUCCUCUUACUAUCUUCAUAAUGGAGCAGAGGGCAUUUGGGAGGCUGGUCCUGGUGGGAACUCACGUGGUCCAAAACCUUGUGCAGUUUGGUCCCAGGGACCAAGAGGAGUGGAAAGACGAGGAGGAGGAGCCUGAGGAGAAGAAGCCUCCCCAGAAGACCACUCCUCUAACCACGGUGAUCACCAUGGACUUGGGUGGACUUCCUCUGAAGCAUAGCAAAAUUCCUGUUAACCUCCUUAAAUUAGUCACGUCUCCAAUCAAAAAGGUGGUUAAAAAAGAGGAGGAGCUAGAGGAGGAGCCACCAGAAAAGGAGGAGCUUGAUUGGUGGUCAAAAUAUUAUGCAUCACUGGCUGAACUCGAAAAACAGGAGGAGAAAGAGGAUGACUUGGAAGAUGGACAUGAUGGAGAUGGAGCACCAUUGAGCAUGUUAGCACUAGAGGCAGAGGAUGAUGAGGCUGUGAUUGAAAUAGAGUCGCCUGCUCCAAAGAGGAAGAAAAUUGCCACCUUACAGCUUUACAAGUCUGAACUUGAAAACAAUUUCAGUCAGUUCAUGGACUGGUUGCACAUAUUUCCUGUAUACAAAGGCAAAUCCAGCCUGGAAGACGAAGAGGAAGAUGAAAGUACAAGAUAUAUGGGUAAAUAUAAGGGAUCGUUUCUGAUAUACCCCAUCGCUCCCGAAGAUGAGGAUGCAGACUGUCAGAUCACUAAUGGGAUUCCCAAAAAUGCACCCAUCAAAGUCCUUGUGAGGGUAUAUGUAGUAAAAGCAACCAAUCUGGCACCCACAGAUCCGAAUGGAAAGGCAGACCCCUAUGUGGUGGUAAAAGUUGGCCAGCAGCAAAUGGACAGCAAAGAGCGCUACAUUCCCAAACAACUGAACCCAGUGUUUGGAGAAGUGUUUGAAUUGACCGUGUCCUUCCCCCUGGAGACAGAGCUCACACUGUUUGUGUUUGACCAUGACCUUGUGGGUUCUGAUGACCUGAUUGGUGAGACCCGCGUGGACCUGGAGAACCGUUUCUACAGCCGCCAUCGUGCCGGGUGUGGCCUGGCUCUUCAUUAUGAUAAGGAUGGCUAUAAUAAAUGGAGAGAUGCCAAGAAACCCACUGCGAUAUUGUUGGAGCUCUGCCGCAAAAAUGGGAUUCCAUCUCCAGAGUACAGAGAGUCUGAAAUUAAAGUUCUCAACAAGAUCUUCAAAGUUCCCAAUGAGGCUUUUCCAGAAGAGUUGCUGAAGAAGAAUAAGAAGACUGAGGAAGACUAUGCAGAGCUGGAUGAGCAUAAAGCUCUUAGUGUCCUGCAGCGCUGGAAGGAGAUGAGAGAGUUCUGUGAGGGAGCAUGUCCUCUGGUUCUUGAACAUGUGGAGGUCCGUUCACUGCUUAACGCCGAAAAGCCAGGCCUCCCUCAGGGUUAUGCUCACAUGUGGAUUGACAUGUUUCCUGUGGAUGUACCUCCACCACCACCUGUUAAUAUCAAACCUAGACUUCCAGAGAGUUAUGAGCUGCGUGUGAUCAUCUGGAAUACUGAUGAUGUCGUACUGGAUGAUGUCAAUCCUUUCACUGGAGAGCCAUCUAGUGACAUCUAUGUUAAAGGCUGGAUUAAAGGUCUGGAAGAUGAGAAACAGGAGACGGACGUGCAUUUUAAUUCCCUCACUGGUGAAGGCAACUUCAACUGGCGCUUUGUCUUUCACUUUGACUAUCUUCCUACUGAGAAGGAGAUCAUCUACAAGAAGAAGGAGUCCCUCUUCGCCCUUGAGAAGACUGAAUUCCGCCAACCGGCUGUUCUGGUGCUGCAGGUCUGGGAUUAUGACCGCAUCGGUUCCAAUGACUUCUUGGGAUCCAUAGAGUUGCGUCUCAGUGAUAUGGUCCGUGCAUCAAAAUCAUCCGAGCAGUGCAGCGUCAAGAUGGCCAAAGACAAGGCUGGCCCUCGCUUCUCCAUCUUCCGCAGCAAGAGGAUGAAGGGUUGGUGGCCGCUCAUCAAACUAAAGAGCCAAGAGGACAUCGAGAGAGAGGAGAGGGAGGCAGAACAAGAGAAGAAAAACAAGAAGAAGAAGAAAAAGAAGUCGAGCAAGCGUAGCCAAAUGAAACCAGAAGAUCUGCAGUUUGUGGACAACAGUGGGAACACCUUCCUUCUAAUGGGUAAAGUAGAGGCAGAGUUCCACCUAGUGACAGCUGAAGAAGCCGAGAAGAACCCUGUGGGAAAAGCACGCAAAGAACCCGAACCUCUGGACAAACCAAACCGCCCCAAGACAUCCUUCAACUGGUUUGUGAACCCCUUGAAAACCUUUGUGUUCUUUAUCUGGAAGAAGUACAAGAAGUACAUCAUUGCUUUGAUCAUUUUGGUUAUCCUUGGGCUCUUCCUCUUCCUCAUCCUCUACACCCUGCCUACACACAUCAGCCAGCUUAUUGUCAAUGGAUGAGAAAUGCACUGAUCAACAGGGGAAAUAAUUAUACACGUGUACAUAGCCAUUAUUUACUUUUAAUAGGAAAGACAUAAGCAAUAAUAACUAGAAUUAGACUUUAACAAUACAAACAAUUGCUUGUUAAAGGUGCAGCAAGCCAUUUCUGACUAUCACUGUUGAUAUUUAAAAUGACCAAAACAAGCACGCCCCUACCCAAAAUGAUCACACCCCUAUCUUGAUAGCAAAAUUCACAAAUAAGCAAUGCAAUAGCCCCUUCCCCCAUCAUUAGUGGACACACCCCUUACUGGCAAUUGGCUAAGUGUUUUUUGGUGCUCAGUCUGAUCCACUUUCAACAGUGUUUCUCAGAAAUUGCUUACUGCGCCUUUCAUAAAUUCAGUGCCGUUUAAUGCUUUAUGAUUCCAUGUACACUGAUGUUCAAAAGAUUAAAAGAAAUUAAUAAUUUUAAUCAAAUAAAUGCAGCC